AUUCCUCGCUGGCUUAGAUUUGCUGAGGAUUGGUAGGGCAUAUACGGCUUAUCCCCGUCGGUGCCUGUAUAAUAAUAACAACUACAACAACCUUUAUUUGAGGUUUGAAUUAGAGUGCGGAGCCCGGACGGUGGGGCAGUGCAGUGUUGCCUUCGUGGCCGUCACUCACAGUCGUCAAUAUGAGAUAACCUUCACGCAAACUGCACUAACCAUCAAGAACAACUGUGCGUGGCGAUACAGAAGAAUAUACUGCACCACGUAGCAAGAGUAUAGAAGAGUUGAGGGGCUCUUAGAACACCACAAUGUCGAUUGAAAUUGAAUCGGCGGAUGUCAUCCGUCUGAUUCAGCAGUAUCUCAAGGAGAACAAUCUUGGGAGAACCCUGCGUGCCCUGCAGGAGGAAACUUCAAUCACCCUCAAUACUGUUGACUCUGUUGAGAGUUUCAUGGCAGACAUUAACCAAGGUCAUUGGGAUACUGUACUCAAGGCUAUCCAAACCCUCAAACUUCCUGAUAAGAAACUAAUAGAUUUAUAUGAGCAGGUUGUUCUGGAGCUGAUUGAGCUGCGUGAACUAGGAGCUGCUAAGUCUGUCCUGCGCAACACUGAUCCUCUCAUCAUGUUGAAACAAACUGUGCCUGAAAGGUAUGUUCACUUGGAAAACUUAAUAGCACGUUCAUACUUUGAUCCUCGUGAGGCCUAUCCGGAGGGUGUAACAAAAGAACGGCGCAGAGCUGCUAUUGCAGCUGCACUCGCUGGCGAGGUUUCAGUGGUACCUCCCUCACGUUUAUUGGCUCUACUGGGACAGGCCUUAAAAUGGCAGCAACACCAAGGAUUAUUGCCACCUGGCACUCAGAUUGAUUUAUUCCGUGGUAAGGCAGCCAUGAGGGAACAGGAGGAUGAGAAGGUACCUACGCAACAAGCACGUUUCAUACGUUUCCCCCAGAAAGCCCAUGUAGAGAGUGCACACUUCAGCCCCGAUGGCCAGUACCUUGUCACUGGAAGCUUUGAUGGCAUCAUAGAAGUGUGGAACUUCACAACUGGUAAGAUUCGCAAAGAUUUGAAGUACCAAGAAAAAGAUUCGUAUAUGAUGAUGGAAGCAGCUGUUUUGAGUCUGGCCUUCAGUAGGGACUCUGAGAUGUUGGCAAGUGGCUCACAAGGAGGGCAAGUUAAGGUGUGGAGAGUAAGCACUGGCCAAUGCUUACGGAAAAUUGAAAGAGCACAUUCUGAAGGCGUAACAUCGCUUGCAUUUAAUAAAGACAACAGUCAAGUUAUGUCCACAUCCUUUGAUAACACAUUAAGAAUACAUGGAUUGAAGUCUGGGAAGACUUUAAAAGAGUUCCGUGGUCAUUCGUCCUUCGUGAACCAGGCAACCUUUACUCAAGAUGGUCAUAAUAUUAUAAGUGCAUCAUCUGAUGGGACUGUGAAAGUGUGGUCAGUGAAAACUACAGAGUGUAUUGCAACCUUCAAAUCAUUAGCUGGUGUCACUUCAGCUGAUCUCCCUGUUUAUUCAGUCCAUAUUCUCCCAAAGAAUCCUGACCAUAUUGUAGUGUGCAAUCGCUCCAACACUGUAACUAUCAUGAAUAUGCAGGGACAGACUGUGCGUUCUCUAUCCUCUGGUAAACGAGAGGGUGGUGACUUUGUUGUAUGUGUCGUUUCACCCCGUGGAGAGUGGAUCUUCUGUGUUGGUGAGGACCAUGUCUUGUACUGCUUCUCUACUUCCACUGGCAAGUUGGAGAGAACACUUAAUGUUCAUGAGCAGUCUGUUAUUGGAAUGACCCAUCACCCUCACCAGAACCUGCUGGCUACUUACAGUGAAGAAGGUCUACUCAAAUUGUGGAAGCCUUAAUCUUGACCCUCCAGUUACUGGUGAUGUAUUCUUUAAAUGCACAUGCAUCAUUCAUAUGGAUUUGUAAGGCAGAUUUGAAAGAAAUUAACUGAUUUUUUAGGCACUUUAUUAUUAAGUGUUGAUUAUGUAAUUUUGUACUAGUGAUCUUGAUACUAGUAUAAUAAUUCAAACUUUUGUGGAGUAUUUUGUAUACGCCAGUUUUUAGACGCAGUAUACGGUAGUGUCAAUAUUUACAUGGGCAAUUAUACAAGUUGCUGAAUUGUAAAACAAAAAGACAAAAUGGAAAUGUAAGUAAUAAAUUAAUAACAUAGCCAUUGUGAAUUAAGAACAACUAUAAAACGUGUGUGACUAUUAAAAAUGAAACAGAAGAGUAAAGAAUUCUCUCUUGUAAUGUUUGGUUUUCAUGGAAAAUCAAAGACAAAAUUGCUCUAUAACUUGUUACAAAUGUAACAAAUUAUACACAAAAUUGAAAAUAGUGGUUGUGUGCAGGUUUUAUGUAACCUUGAAUAAAACUAUAUUAUUACAUAUGCAAGUAAAAGGAACCUAAAAUGAAUAAAAUUUGUACUCCU